AUGUCGGACAAGAUGAGCUUCGCUGGCGGCCGCGUUGGCCCUCUGCGACGCUGCAUGGUCGUGCUCCAGCUUCUAUCUGCGCUAAUCGUCUUCCUGCUUCUGGCAUCGCCGAGCUCAGCAGUCAGGGAGCACGACUUCAAAAAGUGCGCCGACUCCUCCUUUUGCCGGCGCAUCCGGCGCCUCUCUUCAUUGCCCGAACACGCCAGCCCUUAUGCCCUUUCUUCGCAGCCGCUUUACCAUCCCGAAGACAGCAGAGUCACUGCGAGGGUCUUCAAUGCGCUGCACACCAACAUCAGCUUCGACCUGCAGCUCGACAUGCUCGAAGAUGGAAGCACGAGAGUGAGGCUCGACGAGGUGGGACAGACGUACAAUGAUUUCAGGAGAUACGACCAAGCACACCAGUAUGCUAUCGAGAACAAGCCAAGACCUGCUGCAGCAGACAGCGUUUCGUUUGAGCAGACGGACAUGCACACACGAAUCAAGUAUGGCCCGGCGUCAGAGUACCUGAUCGAUCUGACUCACGUGCCUCUCAAGCUGAGCUUCUUUAGGCACGGAGUGGAGCAGGUGGUGCUGAACGGGCGCGGUCUUUUGCACAUGGAGCACUUUAGGGCCAAACCCGAUCCUUUUCCAACUCCCAAGGUGGAAGCUGCCAAAGAAGGAGCGGAAAGUAGCGAGGAAGAGCAGGCAGCAGAAAUUCAGCCCGAUAGACAGCUUAUUCUGCAGCGGAAACGCGAUCUGAUCCAGGCUGGACAUUCGCAGGCGAACGCGGAUGUUUGGAGCGGCUUGGAACAAGAGGACUCGGGAGAGUGGGAAGAAUCUUGGCAGGGCAAGCCAGACUCGAAGCCAAGAGGUCCCGAAGCUCUCUCCUUGGACAUUGCCUUUCCCAAGAAGCCCUUUGCGUUCGGCUUGCCAGAGCAUGCCAGCCCUUUGAACCUCAAAAGCACGAGAGGAGAGGCGGACGAAGACUUUACCGAUCCGUACCGGCUCAUGAACACCGAUGUAUUCGAGUAUGAUUACGACUCGCCCAUGAGUCUGUACGGAAGCGUGCCAGUGCUUCACGCUCAGGGAAAUGAGCAGCAAGGUGCCGCAUCGGUCUUCUGGCUCAACGGCGCAGAGACGUGGAUCGACAUUUCUCGCAGCGGAAAAGCCGGCACGGAACAAACGCUGGACACGCACUUCUUCUCCGAGUCUGGAGUGCUCGACCUUUUCGUCUAUCUUCAUCAAGACCCGGCAGACAAUAUCAAGGCUUUCUCAAAGUUGGUAGGACGGACCGCAUUGCCGCAGUACUUUGCUAUGGGAUAUCACCAGAGCAGAUGGAAUUAUCUCACUACUCAAGACGUUCUUGACGUUUCGAAAGAGUUCAGCGAUCAAGAUGUGAGUUGAUAGGUGGCUGUGCAUGAUCCAAACUGGCUCACGCACGCUAGCGGAAACCCUUGCAGAUUCCCAUGGAUGUCAUGUGGCUUGACAUUGAGUACAGCAAAGACCACAUGUACAUGAUCUGGGACGACCUCAACUUCCCAGACCCAGAGCGAAUGAUCUCGGGUCUCGAUGCAGAAGGGCGAAAGGUGAGUGCAGGUGCAAGAUUUCCCCACGCACGAGGUUUUACCAUCUCACCACAUUGUGACCCGUUAUUGCGCCAGCUCGUGAUCAUCGUGGAUCCGCAUUUCAAGCGCACGAAUGACUACUACGUCUACAAGGAGUCAAAGGCACUCGACAUCCUGGUCAAGACGCCCGACGGCAAAGGAGAGUAUGAGGGUUGGUGCUGGUCUGGUUCAGCUUCGUGGAUCGAUGCCUUUAACCCCAAGUCCUGGGACUGGUGGAGCGGUCUUUUUCGCUUGAAGCUAAAGAAGCUGAGGGCGAAUGCUCGAAACGUACACAUUUGGAACGACAUGCAAGAGCCGGCAAUCUUCAAUGGACCUGAAAUCACAUCACCCAAGGAUGUGAUCCACCACGGAGGCUGGGAGCACAGGCAUCUGCACAACAUCAACGGAGUGCUCUUCCAGAACAUUACGGCCAAGGCUUUGGUCGAGAGGGAGGAUCCACCUCGAAGACCUUUUGUGUUGGCAAGGAGCUGGUGGGUGGGCACUCAAAAGUAUGGCGCCACCUGGACUGGAGACAAUCUCGGUACUUGGGAGCAUCUAGCCGUUAGCGUGCCUAUGAUCCUCGCGAACAAUGUGGGCGGCAUGAGCUUCACUGGAGGUGAGCAUUUUACGUGGUGAAGAGCACACACACAAAACAACCUCAUCUAACUUGUGGAGUACCUUUGCAGCCGAUAUAGGAGGCUUCUUUGGGAAUCCGGAAGCGGACAUGUUGGUGCGAUGGUACCAAGCUGGCAUCUUUGAGCCCUUCUUCCGAGCGCACGCGCACAUUGAUACGAAGCGCAGGGAGCCUUUCUUGCUGGCGGAGCCUGAGAGGUCGCACGUCAGGGAGCUGAUCAAGCUGAGGUACAAGAUGCUGCCCAUUUGGUACACUGCUUUCAAGGAGAACAAAGCUACCGGACUUCCCCUUUUGAGACCGCAAUUCUUGAUGUUCCCUCAAGAUGUCAAUGGUGCGGGUAUUGGAGACCAGUACUAUCUUGCGGACAGCGGCCUCCUCGUCAAGCCGGCCGUCACCAAGGAUGCGACCAGUGUGGACGUCUAUCUCGGCGAAGACGAGGCGAGUUGGCAUCGAUGCGUCGGUGCACAGCUGCAAUGGCUGACAAUUUUUUUUCGCAAUAUUGACUGCAGGUGUACUACAACUACUUUACGCGCGAUAUUUAUCACGGCUCGGCGAGCGGUAAGACGGCCAGCGUACCCGCACCCCUCAACGAGCAACUGCCCCUUCUUCAACGAGGCGGAUCGAUCUUGCCUCUUCGGGAACGAGUCAGACGCUCAGCUGAGCUGGGCUGGAGAGAUCCAUUCACGCUCGUCGUUGCGCUCAACAACGGCAAAGCGUCCAAAGACAAACUUCGGGCAACCGGCAACCUGUACUUGGACGAUGGACAGACUUACGACCAUGAGCAAGGGUCUUUCGUCUGGCGCCGAUUCAGCGCCAUGAAGAACACGGAACGAGCUGGAUUGGUUCUGAGGAGCGUGGAUGAAGCCGCUCUGAGAGCCUCCACCGCCUCUUCGACCGACACUUUGCAAAUCCCAGCAAAUUACUCGCCUAGCGAAAACGCCUUCGCCAAGUCCAUUGAGGAUGUGAGGGUGGAAAAGAUCAUUGUGAUUGGCCUGGAAAAGAAACCGAGCAAGAUUUUGAAGCAGAACGGCAGCGAGGUCCCAUUCGUUUGGAACGCUGGAACUGCCGCUACUGCUUCGGCACCUAAAUUGCCAGGCGUAACGCCAGGCAAAGCAAGCGAGCUUGUCAUCAAGGACCCGGCCCUUCUUAUUAUCACAGACUGGCAGCUCGAGAUCGUGGCGUAG